UUGGGGCUCCCCGUGCCCCCCCAAAGCCCGUGUGCCCCCCAGGCCCCGGGCACAAGAAACGCAGCAAGAGCCCGCGGGUGCCCGAGCUGAAGAGGAAGAUGAAGGGCAGGAAGAUGGCACCGCUCAAGAUCAAACUGGGAGUACUGGGAGGGAAGCGCAAGAAGAGCAGCUCGAGCGAGGACGCCGGGGAGGCCGAGGAGGAGUCGGACGCCGAGAGCCCGGGGGGGGUCCUGGGGGCCACCCCCCGCCCCGACCCCACCACCCGCCUCAAGAAGCUCAAACGGGGCCGCCCCGGGCGCAAGAAGAAGAAGGCCCCCGGCGCCGCCGGCCUGGGCCGGGAGCGCGGCCCCCCGGGGACAGGCGCGGCCCCCGCGCACG